AUGGCUCGCCUCUGCGUUCCUGGGUUUAUCUUCCGCCGCGACAGGCCCACCGCACGGUACACGACACAACCAGCCUUUCGUUCAUUCCCUCGAACUGUCGCCUACCGUGCCAACCCUCCUGUCUCGCCCCGCUCCUUUUUGCCGGUCUCCUCGAAGGCCGGCGUCCACUCCUUUUCCGCCGUUUCGACCUCGUCGACCGGUGACCGUUCCUUUUCUCAGAUGAGCCAGGGUUCUCAUCUUCCGGUUCGCUCGGUAAGAGCACCAGCCACUCCUUCUACUACUGCCCCAGCUUCCACUGGGGUGGUGGAUGCGCUAAAGGCCCUUUCUUCCCGCCUCGCGGAAAGAAGGGCAGCUCGACAGGCCCGACUUCGACCCUGGGCUCAGCCCAGCUCGACCAGUCGCAACUCGUCCUCCGGACACCCGUCGAUGCCUGCCCACCGCAAGCCAGCGCCCACCAAGUCCGCCAUCCGCCAGCCGACCAAGCCGGUCAAUCCAGCAGGAGGCAUGGUGACCCGUGCUCAAAGGACGAUCGCACGAAUCGACGACACCCUUGCCAAGCUUGUUUCGACAAGCGGCCGCAAGGACAAGCCGAGGAAGCGCGUUCGUUUCGGCGAGACCACGGUGAUCCCUGUCGAGCGCUGGAUUGUCCGGUCCGAACACUCCUUUAUCUUUCCGUCCUGGUUCGGUAACCUCCAAGGUUGGAGGGUAGUCGCUCUUUCGGAACCGAACGACGACGGCGAAACCGAGAAAUACGUCUCGAUGUGGGGCUCCGAUCAUUACGACAUGCUCUACACCCACGCUCAUUCCGAAACCCCUUGUAGCCGGCAGGGGUGCGUUUGGGAUCGUAUGAAGCAUAUUAUGUCUCAGCAUCCCAAAUGGACUCCUGCUAUGGUUAUCAAGGGGUUCAACGUCUACCGAGAGAGGAUGAGGCAGCGUGGAAAGUUCUACCUGUGA